AUGAGUUCAGGUGAAGAAAUCUUGAAAACAGGUAGCAUUAGGCACAAAAGAGUGCAUCAUUCUUUGCUGAGGGAGAGAUCCCAAGCUGACUUCGACCCGUAUGAGCUGAAGCUGUUUAUCUUUGACUCUGAAGAUAUGCUUAAGGCUAAGGAGAGUGCUGAUAAGGCAAUUGAGAUACACGAUGUCUUUAGAACCCCCUCUGAAUGGCAUUCUUGGGACCGUGAAGAGAAGGUUAGAGAUGCGAUGAGGAAAAUCUACCAUUUCCAUAAGAAACAGAAGGAUAUUGGCUUCCAAGGUCUUACUUAUAAACGAAUGAUGGUUGCUUGUGAGGAGUCUAUGGGCCAAGUUCCUGUUGAUCUUCAUUACUACAUGUUUGUGACUUGAAUCAAGUACUUAGCUUCAGAUGAACAAAAGGCACUAUGGCUGAGUGAUGCAAAGAAGUUGAAAAUGCAUGGAUGUUAUGCACAAACUGAGAUGGGCCAUGGAUCUAAUAUUGCUGGACUUGAGACAACAGCUACUUUUGAUAGAAGUACAGAUGAAUUUGUGAUACAUACUCCCUCCUUGUCUGCGUACAAAUUUUGGCCAGGAGAGUUGGGGAAAUUUGCCACGCACGCAAUUGUAUUUGCAAAACUUAUCAUUGAUGGCACUGACCACGGCGUACAGAGCUUUUUAGUUGAAAUAAGAGAUAAGAGGAACCAUUGCCUACUUCCUGGAGUAAUUGCUGGCGAUAUUGGGCCAAAAUAUGGCUUUAAUAUGAAAGAUAAUGGGUACAUGGCUUUGAACCACGUCAGAAUCCCAAGAACACAGAUGCUGAGCAGAUACUCAGAAGUUAGUGAGGAGGGAGUCUUCACUAAGAAAGGAAAUCUAAAAAUAUUAUACACAGCAAUGCAGACCAUCCGUAUCCUUAUUGUUAGGAUGGCUUUCAAAAAUCUUUCAAAAGGCUUAACCAUUGCAAUUAGGUACGGAAUUGUAAGGACCCAAUUUAAAGAUAAAGCAGGCUCUGACGAAGAGAGGGCAAUUAUUGAUUACCAAACUCAUCAGUUUAAACUGAUUCCAAUUCUGAGUCAGUGCUAUGCCUUCCUCUUCGUGUACCAGAAGGUAUCCAAAGACUUCUCAGAUUUGAAGAAGAGGAUUAAGGCUGGAGACCUCACUGGAAUUAAUGAUCUCCAUACGAUCUCUUCUGGAAUGAAAGCCUUCUAUACAUGGAUGACUUUAGAAGGCCUUGAGACUUGUAGACAAUCCUGUGGAGGCGCAGGCUACUCUAUGUUCUCUGGCCUACCUGGCCUAGUGCAGGACUAUGCUGCUCAAGUAACUUACGAGGGCGAUAACACAGUCAUGGCUCAGCAAGGAGCAAGGUUUUUGGUGAAGAGCCUGGGAAAAAUGAUGAAGGGAGAAACCCUCACAGGCUGGGUUAGCUACCUCAACAAAGUUUAUGAGGUAACUGAAUACAAGUGCAAAGCUGAGAAACCUGAAGAUUUCGACAGCCUUGAGACUCUUGAGGAAAUGCUAGUAGUUAAGACAUGCUUCAUGGUAGGAGAUACUUGCAUGAAAAUGAUGCAAGGAGAUGAACCAAUGCAAACAAAAUGGAAUGAAAUGUAUCAACAAGAGCUAGUCGAGAUGAGCAAAGCUCAUACAAUGCUAGUCACAUUCCAAAUUUUCAGAGACGGAAUCAAGUCUUCUUGGUUGCAGGAGAGCACUAAGAAGCAUCUUUGUAACUUGUGUAAAGUUUUUGCAGCACAUCAAAUCUACCUCGAUUCUGCGCCUCUGUUUGAGUGUGGAUACUUUAGUGGAGGUCAUCAGAAGAUGCUUUUAGAGUAUAUGAAAAUGCAGUUCAAGCUAAUUAGACCUGUCAUGCUGCCCUUAAUCGAAAGCUUUGGACAUAACGAUAACAUCUUGAAUUCCUGCAUUGGAAAUUCUUAUGGGGACAUCUUAGAAAAUCAAUUGGAAAGCGCUGUGAAUAGCGAUUUGAAUCGAAAAGACAUGUUCCCAGACUUCGAGAAAUACAUGAAACCAUUUUAUAAUGCUAAAAUCUAA